AUGCUCCGGGAAAUGUCAAAACUUGUGCCAGGGUUCCGGGGCCCGCAAGUUCGUGUCCGCUGCUUCGGACAUGUUCUGAACCUUGUCGUGAAGGCCGUCUUGUCGCAGUUCACCGAGAAGAAGCGCGCCAGUAAGGAUUCGGGCGAUACUACGGAGGCAACAAAUGCCGCACGCGAACUGGUGGGUCUGGACGACGGCGAGCCCGAUGAAGACAACAUUGACGAGAACGAGGAUGAGGACAAGGACGACCACGAGGGUGAUGCCUCGCGCGAGGCUGCGGACGCCGCGAUCCUCGACACUCUCGACAACGACAACCCCGAGCUGGUCUUGACACACGCAGAGAUCAGUGCCGGGCUUCUUGCAUAUGAGAAGAUCAUGAAACUCUCCAAGAAAGUAUGGAAUAGUCCGACUAUCCGCACAGAGCUCGCGCAGCUCUCCGCUGCUGCCGGCCUCGAUUACGAGGUCCUUAUACGACCUGGUACCGCCUCUACGCAGAAGUCAAACGAGGGGAAGGGCAAAGCGCGCGAGGACCAACCUCCCAGCGGUGCGAGCAACAAGACAUCUGUCAUACUGGAAGAUGUAGACGAGAGCACGGAUGACACAGUCGACAGCGAAGGCGACAGUGACAUGGAGACGCACCUGCAGAGUGUCGUGGACAAGGCCAUUGACAGUAUGUGA